GUCCUCUUCGCCCACGCCUACCAUCAAAGCGGCCAUUGUGUAAGUUCACGGAGCAGUUUAAUUAUAACAAAAUUCAAGCAGAAAUUUAUUCAUACUAUCGCAGUGUAUCGAUUAAAAUGCCAACAUGAGACGUCAGUUACAUGCUGAAAGAGGAAACAUCGCAAAGCGUCAGUUUUAGGUAGAAUUUCUGUUGUUCUAGCGGCUACCUCUCUUCAAUUGCUGGCUUAAGAUUAAUUUUUUCUGUCAUUCAAAUUGCCCUAUGGUAGCCUGCGAAAACAUCCGUUUCUCCUCGCUCUUGAAUUACCGCUCGUCUAUCUAAAAACUGCUGCUGGACAUCAAGUGACACCAAAGGUAAAGAUAAAUCGUUUACUAACUCCAAUUUCUCUCACCUUCGAUUCUAUCCUGGAAAUGUAAUCUGUAUAAAAUCAGUUAUCACUUUGACAGAAAAUGAAGUUCUUGUCUUGCCCUGCGAUACCAUGACAUGUCGGUUGCACUCUCUGACUUUUUUUGAUAAUAACUCUGCUCUCCUUUCUUUGAAUAAGAUCUUCCGCGACCAGUGGCGUUUUUCCCGCUUAACAAGAACUCAAAAGGAAGGGACCUCACGCGAAGGAACCCAAAUGCGAGACUGAGGAAUGUUCGUAGUGCACCAGGUCCCCUUGGACGACCCGGUGGUUCCAUUAAGUUUUUAGGUAGCCAAACAAGCUAUAUUCAGUUUCCUAACAGACGAGGUGGGGCCCUUGACACGUCCUACAGUAUGACCGUUUUGGCAUGGGUUUAUCCUGAGAAGCUGGCAGCUGGACCCUUGUUCAAUUACCACCCAAGCGCUCGUGGUGUCCACUUCUGGCUCAGAACCCGUGGAAGGUUAUAUGCCAGAUUUAUGCGUCGCAAAGGUCGCCGAUAUACGAGACCUGUGAUAAGUAGGUUCUCUGUGCGACCUAAAACGUGGCAAUUUCUCGGAGCAAGUUACAACAGAAAAACCGGUACCGCAGCACUAUGGAGAAAUGGAAAAAAAUUGCUAAGAAGUUUAUUGGUCGAAUUCGACUGGCUACCAACUACCCCGUACGCAUGGGAGCGAGGUCUGGGAACAAGCGCUACUUCAAAGGAAGGGUCACAUGUCUUCAGGUGUACUCAAGGGCGCUUACAGCGAGACAAGUUCGUUUAGCGGCCAAAAAAUGUUUCAAAGCUGGUAAGUUUUGAGUGAGUCAAUGUCCAAAGGAAAUCCAACUACGGUCAUUUCUCUUUAUACCGACUCCUCCAGGACCGGCACUAUAUGUUCGGUUAAGAGAGAUGUCCGUCUUCCGGAGAUUCAACUAAAAGGAGUAAAGAAAGGCGGGACCAACUCUUGGCGUCUGUUUUAACUUGCUUUCUGUCUUACAGAGGUAUCCGUGAAGAGAGGGUUGUCUGUAUUCAUAUUUUUGGUCAUGUGUUAAUUCUAGUAAGUUUUGUGUUGUUGUUCUAGGGAUAGUUUCUGAAAAAGAAAGUGAAAUUUAAUCGAAGAUCGUAAACAAACACUUUCCAAAAUAAUAAUUAGGAAGUUACAAUGAUCAUCAUCUUUGGUUAUUUACUAGUAUUUGUUACUUUAUAAUGAUUGUUAAGAAAUCCAUAAACCACGUCUUUUUGCAGCUACUCGUCCUGUUGGUGUUCGACCAGUCGUCCGUCCCAGUCUACCCACAGUCCCUCCUCGUAAGUAUUUGUAUUGUUUUUAACAUUUGGUAAAAUGAAAACAUGGACAAUCCAUCAUGUGGAGCUAAGAUUUUCUUGCAAUGGAACCCGACUGGUAAUGAGCGUUUUUUGUCUACUUCCACAAAUUAGCUUGCUAAAUGAUAGAUUUUCCUUCGCUUUAUACUUCAACUCGUGAAUUCCCUAUCCUUUGAUAUAACCGACCCUUUUCGGGCGCCGCCUCCCAGUAUAUGCCACUAUUAUAUAAGGAAUGGCCCCCCUUGCGUUAUUUCCGUUAUACUUGCAUGUAUCAUUAUGCUAUCAAUUUGUAACCUUUUUCUUUUGUCUCAAGCUUCUUACAAUCCAGUGGCAGUCUAUCCCCUGAACUCUGUCAGCAAAGGCAGAGACGUCAGUGGUCGUAAAAAUCCUCCGGCGAUCUUCGGUAGCGUCCGACCAGCUCCCGGGCCGGACAGAAAACAAGGCUCGUCCUAUCAGUUCUUUGGUCGUCCAAACAGCUUCAUCCAGCUUCCAAACAAAGGUUUACUAGAUACUGUAAAUUCCAUCACAAUAUCACUGUGGGUGUACCCACAGGGACCAGGACCGCUCGUUAACUAUAACCCCAGGGGACAAGGGAUGCAAAUUUGGAUGGUUAGUCGUACCCAGCUCUAUGCGCGGUUUGUUAGACGACGAGGUCGCCUCUUGACCAAGCCGAUUAUUUACAGAAUUUACCGGCGAAGCUGGAGUUACGUUACGGUGACCUACAAUCAAAAAACAGGCGAAGCAAGGUUGUAUGUGAACACCAGACUGGUUAAGCGAAGGACUGUUGGCAAGUUCAGAUUGGCCACUAACUAUCCUGUAAGGCUCGGAGCAAAAAUUGGUGGCACUAGGUUUUUCAAAGGUCGUUUGGCAUGUUUACAGUUUUAUAACACAGCACUCUCGGGAAGACAAGUAGCUGUCAGGAAAAGGAUGUGUUUCAAGACACGCGGUAAGACUCUUUACCUGAGAUGGGACCGAUGUCUUAAUUUCUCUUUCUGUGUAAUUGAAGCGACCAGAGAAGCCCGCAAUCCUAAUCAUUAGGGCUCCGGUUGUUCGAAAGUUGGAUAGCGCUAUCCAUCGGAUAAAUCACUAUCCAGUGGAAAAGUGUUAGGGAAAUCAAUUGCGUUAUUCAGUGGAUAGAGGUUUAUAGUGGAUAGCGUUAUCCAUCGUUCGUGAACAACUGGGGCCAGGUUGCUAUUACGCAUGCGCGGCACGUAUGUAGAAUGAAUGGAAUGUAUAGAAUGCAAUCUGAUUACGCGCGUUUUGAAAUUCUCCCGCGAAGAAUUUACCCAAAGCAUGGCGUUAGAGCAAAAGCGUUUUAAGUAACCUACGAUCGAUCUCGCUCGCACUCCUUAACCAUUUGAUAUAAGAAAUAAGAUAAGCGUUUAAUACCCCAAGACUUUGAGGGUUAAAUAAAGCGGUGUAACCGGUUAUUAAGGUAGUCUUUAAUAAUAUCCUAAAUUUUAAUCAUUUCCAACCAUAAUUCGAUAGCAAUCUAAGUCAAGUAAAAGAAGAAUUAAUUGUUGUUCCCCGUUGUAAAGAUGUACCUUUAGAUUGAAAUUUCGCACCAACGUUGCUUCGAACUCCUUGACCCACAAAAUUUCUGGAAUCAACCUGGUGGCUUAAGGUAAAUACAAACCGGGAAGCAGUUUUUGAUCAUUGACAGACGUAAUCAUGAGCCGUUUGCAGAAUAUUUCUUGCCAGUUUGAUCACUUACAACAAUUUGAUGACUUUCUUUCUUGGCAGGACCUCUUCCAGCGCCUUCAGUGCCAAAACCACUCAGACCAGGUUAGUAAAGUACACUUUCUUGACUGAAACUUUUUUUUCACUUUUUACAAUUUGUUCUUUGUACUUCUAGAAAAACGUCACGCGAAUGUUUAUGUAUUUCAGUUCCCUCUCUUACUUAACGUUCACCUCUCUAGCGUCUCUCUCACCUCCAUAUCGAUCUUUAUCUAUAGGGUAGACCGGGGAGAGGGGGCAGAGAUGGUGCAGUGGCGAGAGAGCAUUUGUCUCCCGCCAAUGUAGCCUGAGUUCGAGCCCCAGCGUCGACACCAUAUGUGGGCUGAGUUUAUCGUUGAUCUGUUCCGAGAGGUUCUUGUACGGGCCAUCCGGUUUUCCACUCCCUUCAAAAAACAGCAUUUCCAAAGCUGUAAGCUGUGAAAAGUGUCUCCAGUAAGUUGGGAACACCAACAGAGGGCCGCAUGUUUUGCACCAAAACCAUGUAGGUCUGAACUGUACCGAAUAGCUUAUCUUGUCGACCUGAAAAAUACUCCGGCCUGGUAUGAACAACCAAGGGGCGGAUCCGGAGGGGCUGGAUUGGGUGGCUAGCCAACCCCCCCCCCUUAGAACAGUGCACUAAACGAAUAUAAUUCUUGGAUAAAGAAACGAAAAAACGUGAAAUACGUGGCUUCCAAAAUCCUUGUGAACACAACCAUCCUUUGCUCUUCGUAAAUCGCCAUGUUUUUUAACAAACGUAGGACAACUUAAAAUAGAUUACCGUAUCCACCCCUGCAACCAUUCACACUGCCACUAAGAGUGACGCAGAAACCUACCCGAUAUCAUCGUUCGCAUGUGCGAACAGAAGCCUUAUCCGACAUGGUUUUUCGUUUGCCCAAGAGCUAUCCGUUAUGGUGCAGACAUACCCUUAGUCAGUGCUUGUUUAGCGGGGUCCAUCAAAAGGAGUUGUUCUUAAACAAUACGGGUGUAAAGUGACAAAUCCGCUUUUUUGUCUCCCUUUUUUUCCAGCUUGCCAAAAGAGGAUCGACAUUGGUUUCUUAUUAGAGAGCGGGAGAAUAAGCUCUAGUAAUUUCCAGCGUACUCUACACUUGAUAAAGAAACUUGUUGUGUCUUUCCCGCGAGCAAAGAUCGGCCUAGUCUCUUAUUCCAGAAAGGCUACAAAAGUCUUUGGAUUUUACAGGUAUCCUGUUAUAUACAAUAAAUAAUUACUAACGGGUUUUAUCAUGUUUUACUAGUUUCGUCUCGGACACACAGGGGAAUACUGACAAACCUUAGUAGAGGUACAGCUUUCUACGUCAAGCUUUGUCCAUGUUUCUGUGCGUCAGUGAAAAAAAACGGUUGCUUUGUUGUUUAACAGUUAUUCUCCAAGAUAAUUGAUUUUUGAGUUCCAGACAGGAUACUGCAUUUGUUACGUUUAGAAACCCGCGGUCCCUGAUGGAGAAAACUCCCUCGUUUCAGUCGGCUCCUGCGAAAGUUAACCUUGAAAAUGUUAUUCGAAAACAAAGAUUUUUUGGGAUUUUGAUCUGCUACAAACAACGUGUUUGAGACAUAUCACACCUCUAAGCCAAUUGUUACAGGGCGUUCAGAGGAUUUAACCGGCUUCUCUUUUGCCCUCAAGAAGGUUUUUACGUUUCUAAACAAUCCAUUUUUCCUGCGAGUGGAAUGAAAAUUUACUAUAGGAAUGUCAUAACUAAACUUAAGUCUUUAAUUGGUGUUAUAGCUAUAGUGGAAGACGAAGAAGUUUGUUGAGAGCCAUUAGCAGCGCUCCAUUCUUCAGAGGUGGGCCUCGAACAGGCGCUGCCCUUAAAUAUGUUAAAAGAGCGUUGUUCAAGAACCGGUCAAGAAGACGAAAGAGAGUCCUUUUUGUAAUAACACAUGGAAAGUCCUUCGACAAUGUUGCUAUCCCUUCUGCCAUUUUGCGCCGUGUGGGAGUGCAGAUAAUCAGUAUUGGUGUUGGAAAAGCUGUAAGCGUUACACAGCUUCGGCAAAUGGUGGGAAAACGACGCGGUGCAGUAUUUACAUCCAGCUUUAGAACACUACUUUCCAUUGCUCAGCCAGUUCAAAUUGCAGCUUGCAGGGGUAAGAGCCAAAUUCACUGAUUUAUAUAAUCUAUUCUGAUUUAUAUAUUACUGGCGGGUGAUGUUGAUGAUGUUUCUAGCCUCUGAUGAAGGUCAGUUUUGCGACCUUUCCGAAACACUGGGCAAAUAAAUUACCGAUUCAUAGCUGUCCAAUCAGCCUUGCCUUAAAUGUUAGAUGUUGGAAACGCCAGCAGCGGUCGAGAAAAAUUCAGUGACUCUUGCUUUCUCUAUAUUCACCUUCGCAUAUGUUCAUGGUCUUUUCCUACCAUGCAAACUGAUAUAGCCGCGGAUUUUGUGCGCUCUGCCAAAAGAGAAUUCUCAUUCUCCCUUGGUUCGGCACAUGAUUUUGAUGACAAUUAAAGGACGUUGUGUGGUUUAUAUGCUACUAACCAGGACCCUUUUUUUAACAGGACCCAAGCCUUUUGUGAAGCCUCCACCAGGAAGUGAGUAUUUAAGGAUCAGAACAAGAUUGUGGAAAACUGCAAACCUACCCCUCCCUCCCGAGACUCAACAUUUUCCUUAAGUGAGAAGUUGUUCUUAUUGAUGGAUCAGGGGAGGGGUAGGCGGCUAGUUAUCCAAAGUCUUGUACAGAUUUUAAAUAUUCGUUUCACCACACCUAUCCUCUUCGUGCCUCGUGGCACAUAAGGCCUAAACAGCGUCCCUCCACUUAUCUCGGUUAGCUGCAACGGUCUUCACUUCCUCCCACGAUAGCCAUCCUGCUUCUGUUCUUUCCUUUUCAACCGUUCGCCUCCAGGUGGAUUUCGGUCUCCCUCUUAUUCAGCCCGGUGGCGUCCUGUUGGCUUUUUCCCCGCGCAUCAUAGAGUCGCUCUUAUUGUGAGGACCGGCCAUAGUGUUUCCUUGAUAAAGUGAAUUUUCUCUGCUUCUGGUUUCCAUAAUAACAGGGUUUUACGCGAAAGGGUUAUCAGCCUUCAGCCCAACCCCCAACGUGGAGGACAAAUAUUCGUUUACAGUGGAUAAACUAGGCGAAGGCUCUGAUAUCUAUGAAGUUACUUUGCAUUGAAAUUGAGAGGUUCACAGGAAACACCCGCAGGGACUCACCUCGAUCUUUUUUCUGCUGCAUCAACACUCGGGGUCUUGAAAUAAGCGAGGAGAAUGUGCUGCCUUUGUUUCACAUCUGCAAAUUGUUAAACAUUCUAGUCUUCUUGGAUAAGGAAGAAAACCCUAACAGGCCCCGUCUCAAAACAGUUAAUUGAUUUGCCUCUUGUAGAACGUAAAAGAAACAACUUAACAAUCGGUGUGACAGAUCGCUUUGCCUGCGUUGCAGGCGUUUUUGCUCGAGUUUGUUUAGAAAAUUGCUGAAAUUGGGGAAGAAGGGGGAGGGGAUGUUUCCUUUUCUGCACUCCCCCUCAUCAUUCUUCUCUUUCUUUGCUCUCGUUUCAACUUUCUCAAUCAACUCGCACUGAAAACGCUUGCUACCCAGGCUACAAACCACCCCUAGUGUCUAUCUGCAGGGUUGUGGGGAAACCACCCUCAUUGGGGACUGUCUUUAUCCCGUUCCUCUCAUCUGUCACGGGUUGUGGGGAUGGGUGUAUAUCUGGCAUGGGUUUUGGGGAUGGGUAAGGAGGGUAUUGGGGGGGACCUAUUUGUCCUAUUCCUCAUCCCCAUUUGCCUCAAAGAUAAUAGGCCAGGUCUGUGCCAUACUUCUGAGAUAAUUCAAUGUGUGACAGACCAUCCCCUAUCUAUGUUUGUCUGUCAUGCUAUCUAUCUAUCUAUUGUCUGUCUGUCUGUCUGUCUGGGUCCUGUCUGUCCAGUUCGUACCAUCCCCGUUUGCCAUUUAUGUGCCAAAGCUAAUGAUAUCUUUUGUUUGUUGUUUUCAGUUAUAAUACCACCAGGAUUCCAGAAGCCAAAGCCUCAUGGCAAGGGUAGGUAAACCUUUCGAACUUUUACACGAUAUCUUCUUUUUGAGUUCUAAUUUUGUCUUCAGCAUGAGUAACGUCCUUUUAUAAGGGUUGUUACCUAUUCUUUUAAAUCCGUGUCCUUCAACUAAGAAGAAGCUAAAGGAACUUAAAUUUAAAACGAGUUACUGGAGCCGUCAUGGCUUGAAUCUUAAAGUUUCCGCGGUAUUGUUUAAACCGUACGCACUAUCUUAAUCUUGUUUUCAGUUUGUUCCCGUGCUCUAGACAUUGGUUUGAUUGUGGAUGCCUCGGCAAAGGUUGGCGGCAAAAAUUUCCUUAGGCUUCGCAACUUUUUGAAGCAAAUCGUGGCGUCGUUCUCUGUGUCCACAACAGCUACCCGAUUCGGCAUGGUAGAGUUCAGCAGCAAACCCAGGAAGCUGUUUGACUUUAACCGCUUCACAAACAAAGCAACGUUGUUAAAUGUGAUGGGGCGGAUACCAUUCAUGAGCGGUACAGCUAAAGUGGGAAAAGCGUUGAAGUAUGCGACGGUUAGGCUGUUCUCUCGCUCUACAAGACAAAAAGUUGCCAUCGUGAUCACUGCUGCUACAUCACGUGACUCGGUUGUAGUUGCUUCGCGGCGCCUGAGGCGUGCUGGGGUGAGGAUUAUAACAGUUGGUAUGGGUAAAGCAUACAGCGUGACACAGCUGCAGCAAAUGGCUUCUAGAAGGAAAUGUGUUUUCACCUCAAGGUUCCAAACCAUAAACAGUAUCGUGCGAGCGGUCAAACAAAAAGCUUGUAAAGGUUAGUCAAGUACCUUGCGCUGUGGUUAGGAACUUUAAGGCGCGCGAGAAACGCACCCCGCACGCACGCCCAACCUGACCAUUUUCCCUUAUGCUUCAAACGCCUGCCUAGCAGACCAUGUACCCUCCGAACCGGGUGUUCUUUUAGCUCGUCACAUAAUCCUCCCCAACGAACAUGGAUCAAUUGGGGCUUCUGCGUAACUGACCACCUACCCCUCCCCUAAGUCACAAUUUUGCCCUAAGUGAGAGGUAAGUGUUAAUGUUGACUUAGUGGAGGGAUAGGUGGACGGUUACCCAGAAACCUCAAUUGAUCCAGGGGGGACUCCCAUAUAAAAUUAUUUGUCCUGUAAAGGAGACUACUCUGGAGCAGAGAACCAUCUUAGACCUACAAUGAUUCUAAUUGUAUAAAGAUCUGUGUUUAACACAAUAUGACGACGUUAGGUUUUUAUAUGGUGCCAUAUUUCUUGACGCACGACUGUAAGCAAUACCUCUGUGGAUAAAAAUACCGUAAAAUUCCGAAAAUAAUCCCCGGGGCUUAUAUUUUUCAAAGGCCCUUUUUGAGGGGCUUAUUUUUGGAGGGGCUUAUCUACAGAGGGAAAUUUGCGUUUCAAAAAAUGAUAUCGAUAAAAUCAUAGUUGGUAAAUUUUAAAAUUUUUCAUUUGUUUUCUUUGUAUUUGGGGCAAUUUUCCAAGUACAAGCCCCGGAUGUAGUUUUAUUUGGAGGGGCGAUUUAACGGAUAUUUUCCAGUUAAACACUUGGGGGCUUAUAUUUGGAGGGCCAUUUAUUCUUGACGGAGGACUUAUUUUCUGUGGAUUUUAAAUAUUACUUUUCUAUCCUGAACAACGAUGAGAUGUAGACUGACGUUGGCAAAUGCGAUUCUUUCCCAGCGCCUGUCAAGUUUAUAUAUACCAAUGCCAGGCAACUUCUUGAUAUUUCUUUUCUCUCUCUCUCUCUCUCAUUUAUUUCCUCUCUCAGUUCGACGUCCUGUUCCUCGACCCCAAGUCCUACCGCGACCAGGUGCGUAUACAUUUUAACAAAUGAGCGACAUUUUAUUUCGGAUUUUCCCCUUGAAAGGAGAUUUUCAUUCGAAAAUGUUUCAUUUCUUCGUUUGGCCACCAAAAUGUUAAUCCAAAGAUAAGUUACUCGCUAAAAUUUCAGCUUCCAAAGAGCACUCAAAAACAAUGAGAUUUCUUUCUUUAUUACAUCCACUUUGAAAUCACUGGCGAUCCGUACAGUCUGAUUGGCUCUCAGCAGUGUGAUCUAUUCCCAAAUCGCACCAUUUUUUGCUCUAAAUUGCAUCUUUUUCCCAGCCAAUGGAAAACGGACACUAAAACAGCACAACCAAACAGAUUUCAAAUCUUGUUUAAAGUAACAAAUCAAAUUGCAGGUAAAAUGGAUGUAAUAAAGGGGUAAUUGACCUUCAUAUCGUGCAGCCGGUUUUGGUCUGAAAUCAUACUUGUGAUUUCAAAUCGAAUUCGUGCUGCAGGCUCGUUCAAUUUUGAAAUCACGCGUGCUAUAAAGUCGUAUCUGACUGCCACAAUCUUGGAGCGUACUUAGCAAUCUGGCCAUUUGUGAAGGGCUUAAUUAAAAGAAGUCAACCUGAAGUUUGAUGGGAAGAAACUUCCCCAUAACCAACUGAAAAACAAUUAUCUAUUUAUUCAAGACGAAAGGUUUCUAACUAUACCUGAAGGCUUAAACGCAGAUUUAUUCGACAAGGAAACUAGGUAUCCUUACUCCUUCUUUCUCGUUUUAGGAGGAAAGCGUCCGUACAGAUUUGUUGGAAAGUACAGAAUUCCACCCAGGAGAUAUCUUGGCCGAAAGAUUAGAAUCAAAAAUCGUAGAUAUACCAAACGUAUUUGUCAGCGUGCUGCACGACAAGGUCGUUAUCGGGUAUUUGUCAUCUUCCGUGGUCGCCUUUGCUUCGUAUCACGCUCUUCACCUCGAAAGCUUAUGAUCUACGGUCGGUCAAGAUCAAAGAGACCUGGAAAAAGUAUCAAGGUUUACGUCAAGCCGAAAGGUUAGUAUGAGAAAAUAAACGAAAAACGCUGCAAUUCAAUAGGCCAUUUCCGAGUUGCCUGAUGAAGCCUCUGUUUCAAAGCGAGGCUAAGUGCGAGGCCAUUGAUACGAAAAUGAUUUUUUAUAAAGUGUUUUCACAUGAGGUCACGGCGGCCAUACUGGUGUCCCAAAACAAUGAAUGGCCAUGUUGGUGUCCCAAACCAGUCCCCUGGGAGUUGAACUCUUUUCUUAUGCAAACGCGUUCUUUUGUUACCAUAAAUUUGCAUUUUUGCUGGCCACGUGAGUGAAAACACUCUAUUCUCACACACUGAAACACAAGAAAGGUUUUGACUCAGCCUCGUCUUGAAAGUGAGAGUUUUUGGAACUCGGAAAUGGCUUAUUUAUUAGACUUUGUAAGAAUAGGGCAAGUAUUCAGUAAUUGAAGCAAGGGUGGCUCACCUGAUUACUGCGCGGCCUUCGGUGCGCGAGGUCUCUCGGUGACAUCACAUCCUUGUUUCAACUUCUCUCCUUUCUGUGUAGCUUUGACUAGCUUUAAAUACCCUUAAAGCAUUUUAGAGCAUUGAUGGAUAGAAGGGGGCAAAAUGAGCGUACCGUCGACCUCAAGUUCAUCAGUUAUUACUGUCACGAGUUAUCGACGAAAAAUACGGUUGCUUUACCUUUACCUUUCCCUUUAAUUGUACCACGCUCUUUCGAACAGUUUUCUUAGUCCCUUGCGGGGGUACGGCUGAACACCAGCUUUAGCUAUAAGUUGACUUACUGCUAAGCAUGCACUUGCUUACUUAGUGCUUGAUUGCAGCUUAAUCGUCGGAGCCAAUUCCACUGUCAGAUUGGGGCCAUAUAAGUUUGAGGUGAUGUUAGACUUGUGAAAGUCGGUGAAUUAGUAACGUCACGCCAUCACCAGAGGAAAAUUCGAAAGAAAUCGGUGUUUUUCAAAAAUAUGUGAGACCAGCCGUGAUAACGUUAUGCUAUUCAUUUGGUUAGGUCGGUUUGGUCCUCUUUUUAAAUCAGGAUAAAAUAAAGCUUUUUCCAGUUACGGUCCAAUUUAUCUUUUUAGUUAAACUUAACUUGGUUAUUCUGCCCUGUCAACGAGAAGUCAAUUCUGUUCCACUAGCCAACCAUUUUACAUUUUACAGCAAAUGAGUGAUUUCCAGCGUGCUGAUUGGCCGACAGCUAUGGUCUACGAGAGUAUAGGCCAUGAAAAAUUGCUUUCUCUUCGUUAAAAUCCUUUUUGCAACUCGUAUUAUAGAUAUUAUACAUAAUGGACACUAGCUGCUGCGACGGCUUCGGCAGGGUACAUAGUUCUGGCCUCAGUUUACAAUUGUCAUGUGAGGUAUUAUUUGGCAGUGAAAAGAGGCUAGUAGCCUUGGGCUGAUUACGUCCUUAGGUAGAUUUUAGGCUUGGAUUAUCUAGAGUUCAGAACUACACAGUAUGUCGUUUAUUCAACAGGUCGUCCUCCACCAAGAAUACCACCUCGACCCAGGCCCCGGCCACGACUCCGUCCUCGUCCCAGACCACGGCCACUAUUUCCAUUACCAAGACCAAGACCUAAAGCAGGUUUGUGAAAGACUGUGUCUUAUCUUAUUCCUUAGCACGCGUCAAGGAACUUCAUGGAAACUUCAACGGAUUGGUGUCGUCUUCUAAUAUCAAAAUAUUUUGCUACAGAUUAUGUCUGAGUGGUACAGUCGUUCUUUCUAAGGGCUUGAAAAAUCCACUACUUGCAAAUGAGGAUUUUUCACGAUGCGUUUUGGGGUAAAAGACAGGGGCGCAUUUUUUCUAUAAAGAUUAAAGCAAGGAAGGGAAGUUCACUUCCCUUUCUCUGAGAUCGAGAGGUUUCUUUUUCGCAGGGAAGAAGCGUCGGAUAAUAAAUUUUAGCAUCAAGGUUUCUGUUCGUAUCAGUGAGCGACUUACAGACAAAGAACACUGUGAUCAUCUGCUGUACCGUUGUCAUUAUUCUGUGGUCUUAUUAUCAAUGGAUAGUGUUCAUUAUUGUUCGUAGAAAUUAUUGGUUGCCAUUUGCUCGACUAAUCCAGUGGCACCCGGUUUCAUCAGUGACACUUGCUUUAAAGACUUUCACGUUCUGGCAAAAUCUUACAUUUUAGUGUUUGCGUAACUGGUCGUCCACUUUAGCAAACGUACCAAAGCACCUUGGUUUUUGGAAUUUGAUGGUUGUUAACAUCAUUUACAUCCUGUUAUUUUAGGCAGACGGCCCACAAGGAAACCAAGACCACCACCAGGUAAUACUGAUGUUUGAGCUUGCUUUGCAACGCUUUUCGCCAGAGACCAAAGCACGAGUAAUAAAAAAUAGUUUCAUAUUUCUGUGAAAUCUCGCCCCCCAAUGCUUUGCUUAAAUCACAAGUGCUUUUUGUCUUAAUUUACACGGAGGAGCUGCGAACACCAGUGGCAAAGCUGCGAUUAGAAUGGGGCUGGAGACCUUUGGGCGCUUCACCGCUCACGAGCAUUUCCUCGCGUGCAGGCUCUUUAGUAUUAUUAAAGCCCGCUCCUCCUAGCAAAACCUUGUCGAUAACGUCGACUAUCUGCUGAUUGAUCUGGAUGUCUUACGUUGUAAAGUGUAUUCAAAAAAGGAGGAGUAAAUGAUUUUCUUUAAUUGUACCGUAUUUUCGGUGAUAUAUUGCAUUUAGCUGCCUCUAAGGGUGGAUUUCCACUGUCGCGUAAUUUUUAACUGCGUAAAUAUAAUAAAAGAAAUGUCUGACAGGUUGCGCGUCAAAGUAGAAGAUGUAACUCGCGCAAACACAACGUUUACGCACAACCUUUCAUACAUUGCCUCUAUUCUAUUUACGUACACAAAAAUUAGGCAACAGUGGAAAUCUACCUUAAUUUAAGUUUUACGUUGCACAGUUACUAUGAACAACGGGUGACGCACCCGAAAGAGUUUCCUUACUGUACGCUUUCUCUUUAGGUGCAAAAUACAGUUACAUUGGACGGUACAGAGCCCCAUCGAAAACAAUCCUUGGUAGACCUGUGAUAACCCUGAAAAGCCUUAAGAAUGCGAAAAAGAACUGCCAGCGCCUAGCGCGCAUGCGUAGAGCCUGGGCGUUUGCUCUAAGGUUUGGUCGACAAUGUUUCCUCGCUCAAACCAAUCCUAGAAAAUUUACAAAGUACGGCCUGCCGCGAACGAAAAUGCCAGGAGCGCUGAAGGUGUUCAUCGUAAGAGGUAAAAAUUCCUUAAAUUCAGUUUAGAUGAUAGAAGAUAGAGUAGAAGAUAGAUGUAAUUUGGACCCGUCGUCUGUGGUGUUGUGAAAUAAGUCGAUAUAAAAAUAGCCAAACACCCAAAAUCAGGACUUGGAGGUUGGCUAAUGGUUCACCUCUUGUUCUAUUAAUGUUCUGUAAUUCGCAUCAAAACUAGAUGGCCUAAAGGUGAUGUUACACGAGACGAUUCGCAACGACGAUUUUGAGCGCAACACAGCGUAGCAAUGUUGGAACAAUGUUGUAACCAUUCGCAACAAUGUCGCAACAAUAUUGUAAUGCUGUGUUGCGCUAAAAAUCGUCGUUGCGAAUCGUCUCGUGUACCAUCACCUUGAGGCUACGUUCACAAGGCACCGAACGAAUUUUUGACUGAUUGAACGUUCGUGCUUUUCACACGGAAUCACCUUAACCAUCCGAAAAUUUAGACGUCUAACCGUUCAAAGUUCCGUGUGUACAGGGCGAAAAUAGUGAACGGUUCCGUGUGAACGAAAGGAAGUGUCCGGUGAAAAUUUUCAGCUGUUCGAAAGUUCGUCCGCUGCCGUGUGAACGCAGUCUGAAUAGUGUAUCAUUGCCUAAAAUAUUAUAAAUCUUUAAAUGAUCUCUACAAGAAGAGCACCAUAUUUGUUUUCGAUUCACUAUUUUUCUCAAAGACCAUAAUGCACUUAGCCCCCAAAAUUUUGCAUAACCAUUGUUUCCAAGACAAUGGUUAUGCAGAAUUUUGGGGGUAAACAAGGUGCGUUAUGGUCUAUGUGAAAAUGGUCAGUUACUAAAUUUUUUUGGCCACUUUCCUGGUUUUAAGGUUAAUAUAUAACUUCUGCAUAGUGUGUUUUUCUCUUUAAAGGGAGUGGCCGAAUAACGAGACCAAGGCCGAGACCCCGGGUCAGACCUCGACCCAGACCACGACCCAGACCAAUGCCAGGUACUGAAUGAGAAAUCUUCUGAUUGAAGAUAUCAUUCGCUACAAGGGAGCUUAAGCAAUGACGACGACGACGGGAACGGGAACGUUUUGAUUGGCAAAAUAACAAAUUUGUGUAUUAUGCUUUUUUGUAAAGUUCUCUGCCGUCGUUGAACAACUACGACGUCCUCUACAAACCGUGAAAUUAGAAAGUGGCACGUGAACACAAGACAAAAACUUGGAUACCGUGCUCAUGAGAAUUCAACUCUAGAACAAUUCAUCAACAUUUGACAAACUGAAGCGUAAGGAAUGAGAGCGUGGAUUAACCUUUUAACAGAUCGCCUCAGUCGUAGUCGUCGUUGCUUAAGCUCCCUAUUCUCGGCUUGCACUGUCACGCAAUGAAAAAUAAAAAUGCAAACCAUUCAAUACAGAAGGACUAGAAUUUGGGAAAUGAAAAAAGAUAAAUAUACAAAAAACCCUUUCCAAGAAUCAGGUCUGUGAAAUAUUUCAAAUGCGAGAUAUUGGGAAAAACGGUUUACCUAAAUGUAUAAAGCUUUGUAUGGCAACGCCAUAUUGGUGUCCCUUGCAGGAACACCAAUAUGGCCGCCGGAUACCAACAGAAACAUCUGUUUUCGAGUUUUCCUACUAAUGCGUGAAUUCUUCGCUUGAGGAACUCAUAAAGAUUACAGUAAUAUUUAUUCUGAGACAAGGAAUGUUUAGAUUGCAAAAUCUCCCAAAAUCGGUAAUGUUUUUAACCCACAAGAGCUUUCCCGGCCGCCAGCUAAAUGCCGCGUCACGCAAAAGCCUGGAAAUUCAAGCGUCCUCUCUCGCAAAACGAAGAACCCUUUCGAACCAAACAUUUGUUUACAUAAAGGUGUUUAGGUACUGUAAUACCUCGUGAAAGUAGAAACUCAGAAGAAUCGAUAGUUUCUUAGUUUGAUUUUUUGUGACGUCACGUGCAACCCAAGAAUUUCUUGAACUUGGAGAGCCUGGGGGAGGGACACGUGUUUUAAGAAGUUUCUUUAACUCAAUUGCUUGAAAACAACCCUUCUUGUAAAACUAUGGUUACCUAGUUAUCUUGACCUCACGCUUGGUCAAUAAUGCAUAAAGCCAUUUCGAGAAAGGUUGUCGGAUAAAGUGCUCGCGACAACCGCGAAAGGUAUUGUGGGUGGUGUUGAGUUCACUGUUUUUCAACGAAAUUUGAAAGAAUGGCAGGAGAAUCCAUGGACAUAUGUCUGCGAUUGCUAAAGGAAAGCAACAAAAGUAGGUUUGACAGCUACAGUGACAGGAAAAGUGUAUUGAACAUAUCCCAUAUUACCUUUCGGACUGUCGCGUGCACAUUUUUCCCACAACCUUGUUCGAAAUAGCUGUAUAUAUCUAACCGAUUUUUUGAAACCCAACUUAUCGAAAUCUGCAGUCAUUUGAGUGAAAAGGCGUCGAAAGGCAGGUUUCUUAAGCGCGAAAAACUCCAAAAUCACAGUAACGAAGGGAAAGGAAAGGAGAAAAAGAAAGAGCGAGGAGAAGGAAAGGACGACAAGAAAAAAAAGCAAUGGUUGCACAAUUAGUUUUUAUAAUGGCUACUUUGGGUUUGUGACCGAAAAAACUGUUGGACGGAAAAGGUCCAUUUGGCGGUAACGUUUUCAAAUAUCCGGCUAGAUUUUUUGUUGGUGUGUUUGUAGCUGACAGAGGUAUUUCAUUUGCACUUAGGGCGCAAGUCAUACUACUUUAAGGGUCUCUAUCGACCACCUCCCAGAAGAGUUCUUGGAAGACCGAUCAAGACGUUUAAAAGCAGACUCUUUGCUCGCAGGCGAUGUGAAAAAAUAGCAAAAUACGGACGAUAUCGGGUAUUUGCGUUACAAUAUGGCCGUUAUUGUUACGUCACUCGUUUACGUAGAAAGUUCGUGAUGUAUGGACGCAGUAAAUCCAGUAGACUUGGAGCUAUUAAAGUGUACCAACGUACCAAUGGUAGGCCAUCUUCCCCUAGAAUUAUGUAAUUUAUCAUUUAUUUAGUAGGCAGUCUAUUAAAAGAGUUCAUCUGUUUGGCCAUAAGGCAGCUGGUAAGGUUCUGUAGUAGGCAGUUAAUUUCAAUAGUAGUAUUGUGGUAUUAGUUUGUCUUUGUGUCGUAACUGAUUUUGUAUUAUUUACUGGUUAAGUGAAAAACAUGGCACCUCAAAUGUGUCCUGAUGCUAUUUGUCAUCAUACUGCUGGGUUAAUAAAGGAAAUUGGUUGUUCUUCUCCAGAGCUGGUCAAAAGGAUUGUUGUAGCUCCUAAAUGUUGUCCGAUGGCACCCAAAAGUUAUUUAUUCAACAAAAAUUCAUCUUUCUCUAUUUCAAAACACUUAAUUAAUUUAAAUGACAAACAUUCCUGUUAAUAUCGGGGCACUUGUUUGUAAUGAUUUCAGGGCGUCGUCCUUCUCGACCCAGGCCACGAAUAAGACCACGACCUGGGUUCCGACCCCGUCCAAGGCCGCGAAUACCAGGUAUUUGUUUUUCUUGUUUUCAGCGUGGUAUAAAAAUAGAAUUCACAACACCCAUAGCUUCAUCCCUAAGAUGUAACCAACUGUUUAGUGUAGUAGUUAGUUCCUAUAAAGGCGUAUUUAACCCAGAAAGAGCAGAAAGAGCAUUUCUUUGCUUUAAACCCUCGUCUGAGUAGACGUUUGGUUUAUAACAAAGCACCAACUAAAGCCGUUUUUGUUGAAGUAGCCUGCCAGCAAGCUCUCCAUUUGGCGGACGAAGUCACGCGUUAGCGGCACGCAAAAAGGGAGAAGCUCUCUUUUUCGUCUGCCCCUCGCGGCUUUGCCACCCGCUUUCGCGUUCUCUCGCGUGUCGCUUUGCUCACCACAAAUGGAGAGCUUUUUCGCAAGCUUUUGUCGAAGAGAAAGGUAAACAGGAAGUAUUCAAAGUGAAACGCCUCCUCUAUCUCUCUAUUAGGAAGAAGAGUAUAUUACCGUUACAUAGGAAGAUUCAAGAUUCCUUCUAGACUAGGGCGAGCUGCUCGCACUGUCACUCGUCCCGCCUACGCCGUAAGGGCGUGCUUUCGCUUGGCUCGUGCAAGACAAAGUAGAGCUUUUGCCAUCCGCCGUGGAGUUCAGUGUUAUUUGUCCAGCAUGACUUCUGCAAAGUUUACAACACGCGGAAAAACUACAAUUGGUGGACUAAAAGUGUAUAUUGUAUCGAAAGGUAAAGUGCACGUGGUGUAGACAUUUGUGCUAGUAAUAAAUGUUCUUUUCAACUCCGUUGAACAGAAUUCGUCUGAUUUUAAUCUAAAAAGACAUUUCUAGACGUUUCUAAAAUUUUGGUAGUAUCUACCAUAAAUUCACACAUGUAUUCUGCAUGUACUUUGUGAAAACGAAUGUACAGUACUACCCCGCAAGUAAGACCCUAGUUUCUAAAAGCAUGUUAGGCUUAUAAAUUUCAGUUAGACCCUCUCUCUACAGAAGAGCCUUAAGCCUUAAGUUUGUAACAGGUUCUAAUUUUUUGUAAAGUAAUAUGUACUCUGAAGGAGAACUUCGAAAUUCAUGUGAUCACUAAAGGGUUUUAAUUUUUGUUAUUAUUGUCAUUAAAAAAUGUUUGUUACUGGUAAGCAAUUUUUUUGUGAGGAGUAAUAUUUUUCUUCAGAAAAUAAGAACCUAUUUAAGAACGUAAGUAGCCUUAAUUUAUGGUAAUUACCAUUUUUAUACGAACCUGUUCAGGCUAACUUGGGAAAAUGUAGGCUCUUACUCGCGGGGUGGUACUGUAUUGUGAUGAACUUAUACUGUGACUCCUUCAGGCUCAUCUAGACCUCGAAUACGCCCCCGACCUCGACCCCGCAGACCACGCCCAAGGCCAAUACGACGAGUUUGGAACUAUCGCAGGAUUGGAACUUACCGAAUUGCAAAGGGUGUAUCCAUUGGAGGCCGCAGGUACCUUGGGACGGUUAAACAAAGAGUAAACCCAGUCAAGCAAUGCGCACUUAUGGCUCGAGAGAAACGAUACCGGUAUUUUGCACUGCGAAGCAGACGUUAUUGCUACGGCGCACGAUCACGAAGACCGCUGACGAAAUAUGGAAGAACCUCUGGUUUCCGCGGUAUGGUGGUUUAUAAGAUUGGAAGAGGUGAGACUAGAAGCGAUAGAUAAAACAUGCUGCAACCAUGAAUCAAAAUGAGAGCCAUUUGCAAUGCCUUACUUUUUUAUUUCCUUCGUUUUAAGCUACAUUUAGUCAGCAAACCCGGUAGCAGGAGAGAGUAAAUUUUGCUUUUUUAGGAUAAUCUCUGAUUUUUCUAUUCCUGCACAUAUUUUAAAUGAGGAGUAUUAUAAGAACCAUUUUUAUGAACUUAAAAUGAGUAAUAUAAUUGGCGCGUAAAAAUAACCAAAACAACAAACUCACCUCAUUUGCCUACUAGCGAAAGGAGACAAAGGUGCGCGGGUUCUAGCUGUUCCGUAAUUCAGCAAAGUUUAGUGUUUUAGAGAAAAUGCUUCCUAGCAACACUCAUGAUGACAAAAAAAAAGCAAGAACCGCAAAUCUCCUAAAUUGCUUUUCACUCUUGAGAGAUGUCAAAAAAAGGUCGACGACUUAUAUUGAUAUAUGAAAUGUCUGUUGAUAAGAAAUAGAAGAAGGGAAGUCAAUAUAUACAAUCGGACUCCAUUUGGCAUUUGGAACAAUAUACUGAGAAGCCGAGAAAACUUUCAAUGCACGCUUUUCAGGAACCUGUUUCUUAAUUUUGGAAACCAGUAUAGUUACAAUGGCGUAGACACCCUUUUUUUAUGAAAUAUCAGGUAUCAUAAAGUAUCACGUUAAAUUUAUUUAUUUUACAUAUUCUACAAACAUGUUAAAUGUGAGAAUUUAAUCUCCAUAUGAAGCGUCCCCACACUGCCUGCCUCGACCAGCUUUAGCUUUUGGCACAUGUUUAUAAUGUACCAUCUCUUGCGAUUGUUAGAGUUGUUGUUGUUGCUGUUGUUGUUUGCAAGACUUGUAUGAUCAGACAACGUUUUGCGUUUUAUCCUUAAAAGUUUGUGUAGGUAAUAGCAUGAUUAGUACUGGUAUUUGGCAUAAAUACCACGAGUGAUAUUUCAAAAUUGUUAUAUGUAAUUUCACGAGCCUUUAGGCGAGUGAAAUUUGAGACAAUUUUGAAAUAUCACUACAAAUCAUGCUAUUAUAGUUUAUACUACUUCCCGCAAAAGCUUUGUAAUUUUGACAUGUAGGUAUUUCAAAUUAAGCUGAAAUACCACUGCUCUAAGCCAAUCAAAUUGCAGAAAUUUCUCAUGUAGUAGUAUAACAAUUGUAAUUGAUUAUGAUUGACAUUUUGACUGUUCAUUAGGCUCACUAAGGCCAAAGCCUAGAGCAUCACCAUGGUACUAUCAGUUCAUUGGCCGCUUCAAGUCGCUCACAACAAGGAGUCUGGGUCGUUUUGUCGGGAGAAUGAAGGGAAGAAACAAAGUUUUCAAAUGUGCCCGGCGUGCUCGUAACAUGGGAUACAAAGCAUUCGCACUGCGUAACAGAGGCGACUGUUAUGUGUCGAGGUAUUCAAGAACCUACUCAGGCAAGGUUCGCAUGUAUGGAAGGUUUAAAGCAAGUUCUGGUGGACUGCGUUCGAUUGACGCCUACAAAAUUGGAAAAGGUAAAAGUUCGAUAUAAGUAUCUGAAAGAUUAGUCUUCGUGUAUCGCCGGUUAUCGUCUACGCCGAAAACCGUCGCGUAACGAGGUUCGUAAAUUUGUCGGAAUUUGCGUUGCGCGUGGAUCAUGUGGAUCGCUUAGUGCGUUAGUGCAGCGCAAUGUCGGGUGGCCCUUGUAAAUACUCACAUUAUGAAUCUAUUUACCAUAUAUGGUCGCAGCAAGAUUAUGAGGCGAUAGCCCGUUGAGCCAAUCAAACUUCGUAAAAAUUCAACAAUCAGAGUCUGCAGAUACCUAGCUUUUAAGAUUUGUAGAGAACAGAGAAAAACGGUGCAUCAAUUCUCACAAUACACAAUAAGUCAACAUGAACACAAACUUAUCAAAGUUUUCCUAGAACUUUUAGAACAGACAUUUUCAUAAGAUACGACGUUUUUGUUUGGGUGAGUGUUUGACUGAUUGAUUUAUUGUUUGAUUGAUUGAUUGAUUGAUUUACUCGUCGUAGGUCGCUAUAAGCCUCGUCCGAGGCCUCGAAAGGGUGGCUCCGUCUGGCAUUACCGUUGGAUAGGACGCUUUCGAUCUCCAAAAGGAAGAGGACUGGGGAAGAGAUUAGGUCGCGUUACCGGGAGAAGAAAAAUUUUUAGCUGCGCUCUUCUUGCAAGGCGUAAGAGAUAUCGUGCCUUCGCUCUUCGCAGGCGCGGCGUGUGUUAUGGAACGUUUUCAUCAAGAACUUACACAAGAAAACCAGUUAUCAAAGGUCGCUUCAGAGCCAGGGCAGGAGGUUUUAACUUCAUCGACGCCUACAUGAUCGGAAAAGGUGCCACAUGCUUCAGUUUUAAUUUAGACCAAUAGAAGAUUAUCUUUUCCUUCGAUUGUCUAGCUGCAAGGAUAAAGACAUUUUCUUAUCAUGUUUGAAUUAGCACACACAUAGUUUUUGAUAACCAAAAUUAUAUAUGUCUGAAACAUAUUUACAGGGACUGUAAGUAUGUUAAGAGUUAAACAAAUGCCAUUCCCUCGUGUUUAGGAUUUGACGCGCGUCAAUUAUCUAUGCCCCUUCUUAUAAUUGUCUUACCGUUUGCUCUUCCGUCUGUAAGUUAAAGGUUCCUAGUUGAAAAAACUAGUUUCGUAACCUACAGUACAAACCGAAUCAGAGCAAACGGGGUUCCUACGAGGUAUUUACUGAAAAGGCCAAAUAUUAUUUUAUAUUUUUUACAUUAACUGUAAGUGAUACAAAAAUGAAAGUAAGGAAGUUAUGAUAAGAAAUAAGCACUUUAUUCGCAAGUUAUUUCCUUUAAAUACAGCGAUGAUAACGAUGACCUCGAUUAUCAAACUAAAUUCAAAUUUUCUUAUUGUAUUUUCAGGCCCGUACACUCGUCCGAAGCCGAGAACAGGUGAGCACUGAACUUUAUUUGUUUUGACCUAUUAGAUGAGUAAUUGAACUUCUAAGUAAUUGUGAAAUAAAACGUACGAAUAAGAAGCGGUUUCGAUUGACAUUUGGAUAAAAAAAAUGCUGCCCUAACAGGCUUUAGUACAUCAAAGAGAAAGUGUUGCUUAAUUGCAAGCGGCAAGAGAAGUUCGCACUCCUAAUCUCUAGGUUGCUUUUACGCAUGCUUGGCACGUAUAAAGCCAGCAUUCGUUUGGAUUUCCACUGAGUAUGAAUGGAAUGCUUGGAACGCAAUCUGAUCACGCGCUUUUGUACCUCCUAUCACUCUUAAUCUGAUUACACGCGUUUUGACCUUCUGUCACAUGAAACUUACACAAAGGACCACCGUAGCAGCAAGAGCGUUCAGUAACCGUCGAUCAGAAGCCUGAAACUCGCCCGCACUAUGUAACCUUUGGUUACUACUCAACUCCGAGUAAAACAUUUCAAAGGGAGUUGUAUUUCUGUUCAUUCCUUCGCUGUUUUUAAGAUGUUCGUCUUUUUAUGUAGGUUCUGGAACUCGAUCAAGAAAAGGACGUGGGCGAAAAUUGCGGGAGAAAAGAAGAAAAGCUAGACGAAAACGAAGAAAGAGAGCACGCAUAGCUAAAACCCGAAAAUUGAAAAGAAGAUUGAAAAGACGCUUACUAAAGUUAAGGCUAUUGAAAAGAAAACAGGUGCUUGUUACUAGACGGGUCAGGCGCUUGAAAGUGUUGGGGAAAAUAAGGCGAUUGAUAACAGUGCGGAAAGUGAGGAUUGUCCUGCGAAAGAGGAUUCUAAAAAUGAAAACAAGAAUUCGUGUUCGCAAACUGAGGCUCAAGCGACGUUAUUAUCGUCUACAAGCAGCCAAAGGACGUGGGCGCAUGCUCCGAGCAAGAAGAAGAACCAUUAGGAUCCUGCGAAUUAGGGCCAGGCAGAGUAUGCGAAGAUUGCGGUUAUUGGCUAGCAGGAGGUUGGCGCGUGCGCGAAAAAUCUCCAGAUUACGGAGGCUAAGGCGGUAUCGAAUGAUGGCCAAAUUACGAGCAAGGCAACAAGCAGAACGGAGGCGAAUGGUAGCAUUAGCUAGAAAAAGAAUUAAGCUUUUGCGGCGAAAAAUUCUUCUUAGACAACGAGCCAUUCGAGCAAGAUACCGCAGAUUACACCAAAGGGCAGCAAGGUUAAGGACGCUCCAGUUUAGAGUAAGGGCCCGUCAAAGACGCAUGGGUAUGCGUCUCACUAUGAUCAGGAGAGGGCUUGUGAGUAUUUCGCAAAAGAUGUCUUACUACAGACGUUUGCGGCGUUAUGCCAUAUUACGGCGUUUGCAAACCUUGCGACGUUAUCAAAUAAGAAAAUCCGCGAGCAUUCGUGUCAGAUGGUCUAGGUAUCAAAGGCAGCUGAUUUCUGUUAAACGAAGACAGCGUUUGCUGGCGAUAAGAAAACAACGCGCAGGUAAAAGAAUGUGGCAAUAUCAAAGGAAGAGAUGGCAGUGGCUCCGAAAACAGAAGAAGAAACUCAAAAGACUUCUACUAAAGAGAAUGCGAAGAAUACGAGGUGAGGAACGGUCAUACCUGAUAUACACAAGUAGUUUGAUGUAUUUUAUUCUAAAAUGUACUGAUUACCGUUAAGACUGAAAACAUUUGGGCCAUGCAUUUAUACGAGGAAAAUAAAACGCGAACUUCCUGUAUAAAUGGCCCAAGAGACGUCUUAGCUCGUGUAAAUGGUACAACCUGUAUUUUUUUACUAUUAUUAUUAUUUUAUACGAGUACAUCAAGUUCGUGUUUUAUUCAAAAUGCGCCUUGUGUGAUUAGGACACGUCUUAUUUUUGCUCGCAUAAAUGGUCCUAUUCUUUCGACGAAUAAACCUUUUUACCGAUACGGCGGCCAUAUUGAAUUAAUUAAGGAGUGUUAUAGGAUGCCCAGGGGGCAUGAGCACAUUUCGUUUGUAUUUUCGAGCGCUUUUCGGGACAUUUUUUCUUAAAGUUUUCUUACAUCCAAACACGGCACAAGGAUCUUUUUUCCCAUCACAAUCUUAUUCUAAGAAAACUUUAAGAAAAAAUGUCCCGAAAAGCGCUCGAAACUACAAAUGAAAUGUGUCCAUGCCCCCUGGGCAUCCUAUAACACCUUAAAUCGAAUUAAUUCAAUAUGGCGACCUUAUCGGUAAAAAGGUCUAUUGAACCGAGUAGUCACUUGAGUCAGUGUCCUAUACGGACAAUAGAUGUCGUAGACGUUGCAAUGUCACGCAAAAUUGCAUCUGUAACCUUUUCACGCCUAGAUCAAGUUAUAAUAGUUGUUUGGGGCAAAAUCUUAUGUUGUUACCAUUCAAAUGAAACCUUUUUGAUAGAAUUUUCUCAUAGUGCGAAAAGUUGUUUGGAAUUUUUGUGAAUUUUUUGUGAAAUUUCGAGUCAAAUGUUAAAGAUUUAAUGAGGCAUUAUGAUUUACACUCUUGUUAUAUUUGCAGCUGGAAAGAAAAGAGGGGACAUACUCUCACACAAAAUACCGACGAAGAAGUCGAUACAUGAAACUAACAAGAAGAGGAAAGAUGCUGGUAGGGUUGAAAAUGAUAUAUGAAAUUUGAGACAUGGUGUUUAAUACAAAAUCAGACACUGAAAAGACAGUUGAAGAUACGACGUGCAGACAAGCAGUUUUGACGAAAUUCGAGGGGUUCGAUAUUUUAAUGAAACAUUUUUUAUAUUAAUUCACAAAGAAAAUGAGCUAAGAGCUAAAAAGAGAAAUUAAGGAUGCAAAAAUGAAGGGUUUUUCAUCUGAUUUUCAAACACUUACGGAAUAUUAAGUCUCUUUGUAUUGUCUUUAUGAUUGAUUUAUUAAUGAGUUUAAGAAAGAAAGAGGAAGCAACUUGGCCAAGUGGUCAGUAAGUAGUGGGCACCGUGUCAAACUUGCAAUUCGAAGGUCUGGGUUCGAGUCCUGAUCUGACCAUUUGCUGGAUUUGCACCUCUACUUCAACUUUAACGUCCCCUCCCUUAACUAGUACUAUUUGUUCGUUCAAUAACAUUUAGAUGAUAUAUCUUUUCUACUGUUUGGGAAAUAUUUUGUGAUUAAACGGGGUAAGCCCUUCCUUUUAUAGCCCGCGUUGCAGCCGGCCCACGCAUUUGUCCGAACCAUUUGUAUAGUCCGGCUCUAUGCAGAGGGUUUAGAGUGUCUUCGACGCAGGCUAUUCCUUUCAGCGGCUUCCGUUGCUUUGCUGUGAUCUGUUGGUGAAUAAUCAACGAUGACCUACUCUGUUGUAAUUCCACUUUGAAAUACAUGUAAAGAUUUUAAAAAUCUAAUUCGUUUACAAUGCCUACGUUUCAGUUAUAAAACAUUUAAAAUCCGCUGACUACCUCUGGCAGUUUGAAGAUUUCUCAUCAGGAGAAUCCCAUGAUGUUCUUCACAAAAGCGUGGCUCGGUUUAUGGGAGGCGCGCGAGUUGUUUCGACAAUUGCGCGAGGACAUGUAGCCACAACAAGUGACAAGAAAGGAUGGAUUUCUCUGGAAGACUUUCAAGGUAACACUUUUCGUGUAAUCUAAAUUCCAGUUUGGCGUCGAAAAUUAAUUGCAGAAAGUUAGUAAUAGCUAUUUUGAACUAGCCCUCCUCCAUCAUUAUUUCCUUAGAUAAUAAAGAGGCUAUGUAAUGAGUGUGAUUAGGAAGGGAUUGGUUGUCUAUAGCGCGCACCACAGACUAAACUAAACCUCUGGGCCGGGUUGUUUGAAGCUGGAUUAAGACAACCCUGGGUUAGUGCGAAAUUUAAACUCAGAUAUGAGAGCUUUAAUUCUCUUUGCCUAAAAUUUGAUGAUUAGAUACUCUAAAGAGAAUAUAGAAAAUUACUUUAAUUAAUUUAGCCCUGGGUUAGCGUUAACCGGCGUUCGAACAACUGAGCCCUAGUUAAGUCCGUUGUUGCUCUGAUUCCCAACCUGUGCAUCAGGAUUUGAAAACGCGCCAUGAAUUGCUAAUCAGGUGGAAGGGAAGUUCGAAACGUACUUCCGGUAAUUUGUUGAGUCUGUUGGGGUCCAGAACAAGGACUUCGGCGUUUGCUUUGCAGACGUUACUAACCUGGGUUAGAUUACGUCUGCCACGCAGGCUUGGUCUUCCAAAGAAUGCUGAGAAAUGCUGGGAGUUUACAAUGGGGGAUCCACGGGAGGGACCCCACCCGCUUAUUUUAAGACCAAACUGAUGCUCAAAGGGCGGGAAAAAAAUUUUUGAGACCCCCCACCCCCAUCCCCCUCCCUCCCUCCUCCGUCUUGUUCUGGAUCCGGCACUGACUUUACAUGAAAUACUCCAAUUCACAUCCAAAGGACCGCAAUAGCUAAUAACUUUUUGUAUUCUCAGGAAAAUGUUUCAGUGAUCCAGAUCAGUGUAAACAUAAGGGCAUGACCGUGAUGGCAUCGCUCAAGCUCGACAAAACAAAAUUCCAUAACAAGUCCAGCUCGUACUUCUUGUCCAGCGGAGGUCAAACAACAAAGGCUCGUGGUUUUGCUUUUCUUCAUCUCUUGAAUCGUUACAUCAUUACACUAAGCACACAUCACAAACAGUGGCAGGUAGAAACAACAAAUCUUCCACGAGGAUGGUUUAACAUGGCUUUUACUUGGAAGAAGGACGGCUUACUUAAGCUGUAUGUCAAUGGCAAGGAAAUUACAAGUGGAAAGUCUUUCAAAGUUUCAAGGCCAAACGAUGCAUUCUCUCACCUAGAAAUUGGACGUCCAAACAACUCUGACUCACCCACUUUCAGAGUGCCACUGGAGAUCGAUAAUCUCGCUUUGUGGGAGAGAGCUCUAGCAAGUGACGAAAUCAAUGCAUUAGCUAAGGGAGGUAAGAAGGCUUUUUUCAAACCUUAUAAUUAAGAGUAUAAGAGCCUUGCCUUGCCUUGUUUAGAGAUGAAAUUAGUGAUUCCCACGCAAUGGAGAGAGCUCUACCCCACCCAAAAUUGUCCUUGUUCCUAUCAGAGACGAACUUAAUGUGUUGGUGGGGUUUGUUGCAGUUUGCCUUCCUUGCUCGGAUAGAUUUUUCUCCAAAUACUUGGGUUUUCCCCUUAUUUUCAAUUCAAUAACCAGCAUCUCCAAAUUUUUAAUUUGAUCUGAGUCGACCAAACUAAUAAAGAAGUAACAAGCGGGUACCAAUUAGGUUGCAAUGGUGUAUGUUUAUUUUCCAAUAUCUGCAGUCGAUGAAAAAGCAAAUACUCUUUUCUCUACUUAGAUCAAACAAAGACGAACAAAAAAAAAGAAAAGAAAAUAUGAAACACCCUUCGCUGAAUAGUGAAUAACGCAGCAAUACAGGUUUUCCUGUUACUGCGUGACACUCCUGACAGCCUUGUUAAGGAGCUGGUUGUUCCUACAAGAAAAUUUGUUAAGCACAAAAGAGUAGGUGUGACAGGCGCACAUCUUUAUUGUUGGUAUACAGAGGUGAAGACGACUAUUUGUUGAUUAUAGAUUUGAGUUUAAGCUUAGGUGAUCGCAGAAUGUAUGCGCAGUGAAACACUAUGUAUUGUUUUUGGAUUCGAUAACACGGCCUUAUUUAAAGAAUCAUUCCUAUCCAGUUAUUUAAACCAAAGAGGUUUCUCGAUUGAAUACAUUUUUGCGGGACAGUUGUUUCGUUUGUAAUCAAGGCUAAUUUGCAGUUUGUUUUCAUUUAUCUGCUUUGUAAAACUAAAUUAUAGAGAACAUUCCACACAAAUCCUCUGUAAAUUGAACAUUUAGUUGUGUAUGCAAUAAAGACGUAUUGCAGUUUAAGUGACCUCGUUGUCAAGCACUGUGUAUAUUGUUAUGCUAAAAGCUGUUACCAUAUACUGAGCAAUGUUUUGCACACUUUUUCUCGUAGUGUUAUUACGCUGUUGUUAGACAAGAUGUACGAGGCGUUGCUUAGCGUAACACCUCUAGAUAUAGUCCUUUUGCAUUUUAAUUAGUAUUAUUUCAGAGAGAAUCAGCCAUUAGGAUCCUUUCGAUAUAUUAAAAUUCGAUAUGUUAAUAUUUGCCCUAAAAGAUACAAGCAAAGAAAAUUAAUGAACACGAUUAAUAAUUUGCUUUGGUUUUUUUUUGUCCCCUAGGUAUCACUAUAAAGUUGAAGUCAGUUUAAUAUAUCGAAAAGAAUAUUUUUAUUAAUUUAUCUCUCUACAAAAACAAGGACGCAUAUCAGUAAAGGCAGGCCUUUACUUGAAAUAUCUUGGGAUAAUUCUGAAUUCUUAAUUAUGUAAAAGCCUUCAUUACACCGUCCUCAAACCUGGACGCACUAACAUUUGGCAAACGUUGUUGUUAGAUUAUGGGACCUGUGUUCUGCUCGUACCAUAAUUUUGGUCAAUGACAGUAAACUGUGUGCUAGGUGAAACUCAUAUCCUUUCUCCUCUUAAUUGAAAAAGCAAAUAUUUCUUGUUAAUUCACCUACAAUGCAUACCCGCAAAAAACCAAAAGCACGUACUGACAGUGGAACAAGUGCAAGUUACGACUUUAAUUAUUAACAGCUCGUGCUCAUACUUCCGUGCGAACGUCAUUUCUCGACAAAAAAUAUCAACAAAAGGUAUUUUUUUAUAAGCUAUCACAAAUUUUAUGUCUAGAUUGAAAUCUAGCUUUAUUUUAAAACAUCAUUAACUGUCGAUGUGAUGACGCGGAUGGCGAUUGUGCGCCGACGAAAGGAAGGUUUGUUUAUCAUUUUGACCCGAUAUCGCUAAGUGUGUUUAUUUUAUAUUUAUUUACUCUUACGAUGUGCGUUUUCCCUUUUAAAUACUUCUAUACCUAAAAUCCUAUAUCAGAUUAAUUCAACGCACUUAGUUUGAAAACCAAACAGAGGAAUUCGCCAUUUCCGGCUCCCAAUGGACAGCAAGGACGUUAUUUACUUUGUGGUUCUUUUAACUAUGUCGGGUAAGUUGUGGUGGUUUUUUUUAUAUAUAUAUAUUAUUGUCCGUGAUGUCCCGUGACCUCUACUGAGAUAUCUGGCUUCUUAGAAAUUUACCCUCCGUUAAGAGCGAGCUAUAUUGCUGUAUGUAAAAACAAAGGAAACUAAUGCUUUGGAACUGCACAAGUAUCUCACCUGCCUAGGUUGAAUGGUUCGUUAUAGACUCUUGGCACCUUCCAAAUGACUUUAUCACCCACACGUUAUUUAGUAUUUCCUUUAAGAAAAUGUAAAUAUAAUCUUAAUAGAUGCAGGAAAUGCAGCUUCUGGAAAAAUGAGACUUUAAGCAUACAGUGUCUUCUAAAUACUAGAAUCAACUGGAACGCGUAAAAGGUUGGCUGAAGUGGCCUGCUACUUGACAAAGCCAUAAAUGGUUUGUUUACCCUCUUAGCGGCAUAUUGAACCAAAAAUAGCGAUGUUGGACUAUGAACGGUGUCUUUUUCUUGACGCUCCUAAGUGCAGCUUAGGACAUUCACUUCUCACUUCUCUCCAUCGUACACUCUGCGUUGUGUCCCUUCAUUGACAGAACGUAGGCGUGACUACUGUGUACUUCUUUUCACGCCUGAACCCCUUUAUGUUAGUCCUCCCCUUACCUGAAUAGUCGCUCUGUUUAAGCUUAAAUCAAUGGCUAUUACCUGUGACCAUAAAGCUGCAAUCGCAUGUUAUUUGGCGAUGGAAUCUGAAGAGAGAACCGCAUGAUUGCAAGCCAAAUAAUCUGAUGUGGCCACGUUACGGUCAAGCAGAACGGUCCACUGAUUCGUGCGCGGAUAACACAUCUUAUUUAUUUUUCCAAUAGGACUUGCCUACGGUUCAACUGAUGAAAAAGAGAAGCUUUUGACGACCCUAGACUUGGAAGCAGGUAAGUAAGAAUGUGGUAUUUAAAAUAUAUCAGAAGAAAGCUCUGCAGUGGUGUGCACCGGUCACAUUUGAAUUGUGCAUAAGUCAGUGUUUAAGCCAGAGCCCUCGACCCCAGGACUUAGCAGGAGUCAGAGCCCUUGACCCCGAUAGGAACAAACAUUUGGAAUGCAAAAAGGUGCUAACUUUUAUUGUCUGUAUUCCUCUGAUUGGCUUAAACAACAAAAGUUAACAAAACUUCAUAAAGCAACCAUCUUUUCCCAUCUUCGAUAUAACAAAAUUUGGUCUCAGUUUGAAUAACAAAGAAAUCCUAUAUGGGGAACAUGUAAAAUUGUAAACUUUUCUUGGCUAUUGUUUUCAACUCUUGUGAUUGAUCUAAAUCUUUUAACACAAAAAAAACACCCAUUCAAAGUGGAGUGUAAAUGCAUUUUAUUGUGUAAACGGCCUUCAUGUAGGUUUAUGCAUUCUCUGUGUAAAAAUGAGAACAUUCCUAUGUGGGGAAAGCACCGUUGCCGCAUAACAAAAGAAAUUGCUAUCCACUUUACCCGGAUCAUUACUUAAAUAUGUCAAAAUCCCCACAUAACAUUGUAUCAGUACUGUAGAAGUUGCUAAAAAUACAACCGAAAUUAAGUGACAUUAGCUUUAAGCUCCAUGAAUAAGUUAACUAUGACCUUUUUUGGCAAAAUUGAGUGCUAUCGUUUGUUGAAGACCAGUUAUAAAAGUGUAAACUUCUGAGAGGAUAAAAACUCGCGAAUCAACUGAGUAAGAGUUCGUUUAAUCGCCUUGCUGUUAAGCCAAAUGGACGCGUGUAAUGAGGGGGAAAUAGAGAGAUUUGGCAUCGACGACAAGCACUAGUACGAGUGCAGAUGCCAAAUCCUCAUAUAGCACUGUAUCAGUACUUUAGAAGUUGUUAAAAAUACAACCAAAAUUAAAUGACAUUAGCUUUAAGCGCCAUGAAUAAGUUAACUAUGACUUUUUUGGCAAAAUUGAGUGCUAUCGUUUGUUGAAGACCAGUUAUAUAAAAGUGUGAACGUCUGAGAGGUCCCGAAAAUACGAAAAUACGUGCAUUCUCAAUUUUCGUAUUUCGAGUUAGACUAUCCCGCUGAUGACAAAACACAUUGCUAGCACAUUACAAAUCUAGUCUACCGUAGAAAAGGCAGGAACGUUGAACGACCUUUUUAUGAGACGUGCGUUGUCUUAUCAUCUAUCCUCGACUUUUCCAUAGAGUUAUCAGCAUGUCAACACACCUUUUGUCUCAUAUUUAAUUCCUUAUUCAAAUGAGAAACGCUGCUGAAAGCUUUUUUAAUAUUCGCCGUUAAUAUGAUUUAUUCACAGAUAAACGAGUGACAGUUUGCUCAAAAGGAAAGAGUCCACUGACUUGUGAGUCUCCGGGAUCAGCAAUCGCUAUAACAGGGGUAUUUUGGGGACGGGAAUCCCCCGACAUUUGCCCCUCGGAGGACGGGGACCCGGAAACAGACUGCCCCACAGCCCCUGAGGCGGAGCAUGUCGUAAAAGACAUGUGUGAAGGAAUGGGAAGUUGUGUUUUAGAAGGAAGGGCCGAUAUAUUACAAAAUGGAAAACACUGUUACGGCGUCCAGAAAUAUCUGCUUGUAAACUAUACAUGUGUGCCACAGAAAAAGGAAGUUGUUUUGUGUGACUCUGAAAGGUCCAUACUAUCCUGCCCAUCUGAUUGGUUACUCAAGAUCAACUCAGCAUUCUGGGGACGCGAACACGCUGAAGUGUGUCCAUCUGCAAAAGGACAGGAAGUAUGCCCCGGAGCGUCAGAAACUGUGUCCAAAUUAAGGAGCAAAUGCAAUAAUAUUCCCUAUUGUCCGGUGCAAGCAUUUUACAAGGAAUUACAAAAUGGGGGCGAAAACUGCCCUAAUUUGGAAAAGUAUCUUAUCGUUAACUACAGCUGUCGACCCAGUCCUGAUAUUGGACGACGAGGACAACUCGGGCUUAUUCCUCUCUCGGUUUAUCGUAACCUCAGACUCAGAUCAAGAAUAUGGAGUCCCGAUGAUUUGAAGAAGCGUUCCAAAGUUAUAGGGUCACGUGAUUCUAGAAAGGAACGAAACUAGUCAACGACUGAUCGGAUUCAACCUUCCAUCCAAAAGAAAGUCAAAUAAAUCUAUGUAAAUAAAAAGGCUAAACAAAGGAUAUUUAGGUAAACUUACAUGAAUAUAAUCAUUCAUUGUAUAAAACCCAUUUUGUAAACGUAAAUGUUUUUGGAGAAAUGUAGCUGAAUACAAGCAGAACUGAUGUACACAAUGUACAGCGGUAAACUAAAAGCAUGAACAGAAAACAGAAAGCUUUACAAAUAUAAUGUAUUACACAUAAAAAAACUGUAAUGUAUGGCAAUGGCUGGAAAAAAACAUCGCCGUCCGGACCGCAUCAGGUCGAGCUUAGGUCAAAGAACACUUUUUUCCUCUUACUUUGAAUUUGCACGAAUAAGUAUGACUCUUCGCAUACAGUGGAGGGAGAUAUAAUCGGCGCUUUUGGAGGUGUUCAACCGCUGACACCACUUUCGUCAGUCAGAUAAAAUCCCUUUACCAGAAAUAUCAGCAGCUUGUGUGUUUAGUAAGAAUUCAAAAAAAUAAAUAAAAUAUUUCCAUUUUCUUUUAGAUUACUCCUAAAUCUAUAUUGCUUUGGUACUUUUUAUGUCAACAUAUUUCAGCAUCAGAUGCCUAUCUGUUAUACGAGGUCAUUGCGUUUUUUAUAGUGACUUUCAGCACGAUAGGAAAUGCUCCAUUUUGUAGUUUUGACUGAAUUUAGAAGCAUAAGGCUGGUGUCUUGGCAACCUUCAGUUUCUAGUUGUUUCUUAAUUCCAACAUUCUGUUUAAACAUCUGAUAGAGGGUACUAAAGCGGUAAAAUGGGAACUGGGAUUUGCCUUUUUCUGUACUUUGAAAAUGGGAUUUACUGCACUGAGGCUGGGAUUUAAGCACUGGGAAAGGGAAAAACGUUUUCUAAAAUGGGAAUUGAAUUUCUUUCCUUUCACUAUAUUAUUUGAUACAAUUGCUCAAAUGUGCCUUUUUAAAUUAAAAGAAAUAAAAUUCUGUACCAGUAGACCUCAGCAGCCACAUAGGAUCAUGUCAGUCUUAUUUUUUGCCUUCGUGUCCAAUGCUACGCCGCAAAUCAGUCAGCUGGUCUGGUCUUUUCAACGGUUUGUUGUCGCGGGAAUGCCAUGUGCACGUUUGUGCGUGACAGAGUUCAAAUGGGGGCGUGGAAUUAGAAGAUUUUGCCGCGAAGAGGAGAUUUGUCGAUCAUGCAGUAGAAAUGUUUAAUGUGGACUAUAUUGAACCCGGUAACCUCCAAAAAGCGCCGUUUGUAUUUCGGACUAUGGAGGAAUAGAUGCAAAUGCUUAGAAGAAGUGAAUAACGUUUCUUGUUCAUCCGAGUGAUCCAGCGAGUGCCAUGUUUCCAAAAAGGAACAAUAAACAUCGUCUUUAGUCAGAAUUCAUGGCAUUUAAACUCAGGCCCCAUAAGGUUUUGCGGCACUCCUUCCUGCACAGGCAACGCCUCCAAUAGAUUCUCUCUAGGCAUCAUUUAGUGCUUUUACUUCAUUAUACGCUUCAGUUCGCAAACGGGCACUGAAAGUGGGAUUUCGUUUGAGGCGAUCGAGACGAUCAUAAAACUACCAAUCGCCCCAGUCGUGCGGAUCGUCUCGAAAUUUUUUGAAACGACUGAGGCGAUCGGGACGAUUCGGACAAUCAUGGGGAAACCAGGCUUUGGCGACUUGACUACGCUAGUGAUAAGUAUUGUCUCGCAGAGACCCCUGGGUUUAUGUAUAGCUCCAAACAGCGGCUAGAUUGACACUCAACUGAAAAUCAGCUCAGCGAGUAUUGUCAUAACCAAACAGAGGUAAGCAUAAAAAAAAUAGCAAAUGAUAUUUGUAUAAACCAUUACGCCAGUUUUCUUGUUGUGUAAGGUGGUGUUAGAGCCCUUGAUAGAACUGAAUUAACGAAAGCAAUAUAGCCGGAUAAAGAGAAGCUACCAAAAUCAGGCAAUCUAAUGACUCCAGACCGAUAAGCAGCCUACACAACACACUUGACAGAGACAGCCUCUGGGCUUCGUGAGUCGUUCAAUUAAACGAAGUCUAACUUAGACCGCGGUUUGAAAGACUCAUCAGUGAACCUUUAGAUCUGCCUGUAAGGUGUUUAUUUUCGACUAGAUUAACAGUGUUCUUCUCUUGGCUGUUAGUCGUCUUGACGCUGAUAGAAAGCAAACAAUCUUCAGAGGUGAGGGUUGGACAAAUUUAAAAUUUGUUCUGAUUAAACGAGCCCCAUGUGUCAAUUGGUUUAUGUUCUUCUGCACAAACUGACAAUAACAAUGAUCAUCUCUUGACCACGAAGAGUUCAUUAGAUCAUCUGCUGUUUCCAUUGAAGAUCUGAAAGCGACUCAAGUGGCGUCACGAGCUUGUUUCAUUAUUAAACAUUUUCAAGUGAAGUCAUUGGAACAACAAGGGAUAAGGAAAUACGAAAGGAGACAAAAAAAAUACCCCAGAAAAGGUAAAUUUCCGUUUAAAAAUUAUUGAUCGCUUUUGUUUAGAUGUGUUUCUGUUAGGUUUUUAUGACCAAAACACACUCUUUUAAAAAGACUUGUUGAAAUAAGAGAGAGAAGGCUAGGGAGUAUGUUGUUCUUGAAAUCUAAUCGAGGAUUCUAGGACAGUGAAUACUUGCAUGGGUUUGUUCCCCAAUAAGACUUUUUUUUAUCAGGCACGGAAUGUUUUUGCAUCAUUAGUUGUGUCUCUGAUGUCGAACCAAACCAAAACAAUGACUUUUCUGGUAAAUUGCUUUUCAAUGAUGUGCUCUGUGGAAGGGACACUAAACUGAAUGUGUCAGUACCAUUUUGUCUGGUGGAAGCUACCUGUUGAAAGAACCUUAUUCGUUGGGCAAGUGUUUAAACAAUAAGGAAUAUAGCUUAGAACUGUUCAGGGCGAGUUUGCUUCGUGACUGACCGUUAACAAGAGAAUUUAGACCUGUUCUUAAUUCUUACUGCCACCUGUUUGGUAAAUUUGCUUUGCGGGUUGGUGUUUUGGCAAUUGGACAAUAUCACGACAAAACAUCUCUAUAAGGUGCUUAUUUAAGGGAAUCUUUUUAACCAUCUUCUGUUUUUCUCCAGGCAGUAAUGGGGACUCCUCGAGUGAUUUCCCUGUUGUUUGCCGUGAUAGCAAGCUUGGAUUUACGACUCGCGUUUGCCCAGGGUAAGUUCAGAGUAUCCACUUUGUGCACCGAAUGACCGUUAUUGUACUUAUAUUCAUUGCCUUUUGGCGAUACAACUGCUUAGUCAAUAUUUACCUGUGGUUCGAUUAAUUUCACUCCAGGUCGUCCAUGUUUUGCAGUUGUGAAACAAAAACUGUAUUCAUUGUUUCAUUGUUAAUUUUGACUCGCCGAUCUCAGAGUAUUUUGGUUGGUGUUAUCUCGCUGUCAUGUUGACUUUCUACCACAAUCAAUAAAAGGAUUUUUUCUUCUUGUAUUCAGGCGUAUUCCUUGUACAACUAAUAAGCAACUACGUAAAUAGGAGAGUAAAAGAGUUUUAAAUAAUACCCUUUACGAGUAAAGAAAGUAGUCGCUAUAGUGACGAAAGAUAGUAAAGGAAACCUUUUCUGGCCCUGGCAGAAAAUACACUGAUACUUGGUUACUGUAUUGAUUUUCCUAUAUAGGUUUCUAGUUCCUCUGUUUAAGGCGUUUUUGUAAAGUUAAUCAAGUGAUAACCCUUCAAGCUCUCUCUGCGAAACUACUUCUUCAGGAGAUUAUGUUAUCAACCUCCCUAGUUACUAAAAAAACAAACCUUUUCCUUUUCUUGGUAGGAGGAGUGCACACGCCCGAUGCAGGGGCUGGUCUGAGCCAGAUCGACUUAGAGUCAU